GAGCUGUUUUACUUCUACUUAAAUAAAGAUUACUUUGAAGUAAUAGUACUUUUACAAAAGUUCUGCCUUUGGCUACUCUAUCCACCUUUGGUUGUUUCUGAUUUUUGACUGUGGAAAUGUUGAUGCACUUGAAACACUUGAAAGACUUAUGCUCUCAUAUGAACACAGAUCAAACCAGUCCUGUCCAGACCACCACAACCCAGAACCCCACAGCAUCCAGUGAACUGGUCCAGAACACCACAACCCAGAACCCCACAGCUUCCAGUGAACUGAUCCAGACCACCACAACCCAGAACCCCACAGCUUCCAGUGAACUGAUCCAGACCACCACAACCCAGAACCCCACAGCUCCCAGUGAACUGGUCCAGAACACCACAACCCAGAACCCCACAGCUCCCAGUGAACUGGUCCAGACCACCACAACACAGAACCCCACAGCUUCCAGUGAACUGAUCCAGACCACCACAACCCAGAACCCCACAGCUUCCAGUGAACUGAUCCAGAACACCACAACCCAGAACCCCACAGCUCCCAGUGAACUGGUCCAGACCACCACAACACAGAACCCCACAGCUCCCAGUGAACUGGUUCUGACCACCACAACACAGAACCCCACAGCUCCCAGUGAACUGGUUCUGACCACCACAGCUCAGACUGGAGGGAAUGUCAUUGCACCUGUACUACAAGGAAAUUUUUAUGGCUCAGUUCAUAUUCACGCUGGAGCUGAAUCUCAGCAUGAAGGUGGAGCAGGUGGAGGACAGGUAAUGAGUGAGAGUUCAGCAGCCUCUUCUACUAUACUGACUGCAGAUGAACAACACUGCAUCAAGUUGAAGGACACUCUGAAAUUGAACUAUGAGCGUUUAAUUGGGAGCUCACAGACUGGUCAUCAGGAGUUCCUGGAAGAUAUCUACACUGAUCUUGUUAUAGUGCAGAAUAAAAGUGGAGGAGUCAUUAAUGAACAUGAAGUGAUGCAAAUAGAGAUGUCUCCCAAUAAAGCUGGCAGUGAGGAAGAGUGUAUAAAAUGCAGUGACAUUUUUAAAGUCCAGCCGGGUACAGGUAGACGGAACAGAAAAGUGAUGACAAUGGGAAUUGCAGGAGUCGGUAAAACUGUGUCCGUCAACAAAUUCAUACUGGACUGGGCAGACAGAAAGGAGAACCAGGACAUUCAGUACAUUUUCCCUCUGCCCUUCCGUGAACUAAAUCUGAAGAAAGAGAAGGAGUUCAGUUUAAUUGAACUACUGAAUAACUGCUUUUUCUCCUCAAAGCCUGCACUAAAGUCUCUUCCAGAAGAAGAUGGUAAAGUGCUGUUUAUUUUUGAUGGGCUGGAUGAGUAUCGUUACCCACUGGAGUUUAAAGAUGGAGAGGAAGUAAAAGAUGUGAAUGAGAAGAGUACAGUGGGCUCACUGAUCAUAAAUCUCAUCAACAGAAAUUUGCUUUGCUUUGCUCUAGUCUGGGUAACUUGUCGACCAGCAGCAGCACAUCAGAUUCCCCAUCAAUACAUCAAUCUUGUGACAGAAGUACGAGGAUUUAAUGAUGAACAGAAGGAGGAGUACUUCAUCAAAUACUGCAAAACAGAGGAUGUAGCAGAGAAAAUAAUUUCACACAUAAAAAAGUUAAGGAGUCUCCACAUCAUGUGUCAAAUCCCAGUCUUCUGCUGGAUCUCUGCCACUGUGCUUCAGCCACUGAUGGAUAAAGAGAGUUAUGAGAACAUCCCCAAAACCCUGACAGAAAUGUACAUGAGCUUCCUAUUGCAGCAGAAAAACUUGAUGAAGGAGAAAUACAGUCAGAAGACUGACACUGACCCUGAGCGCAUCAUUCUGAAGCUCGGUGAACUGGCCUUCUGUAAUCUUGAGAGUGGAGAGCUGAACUUCUAUGAGGAUAAUCUUAAAAAAUGUGGGAUUGAUGUCAGUGAUGGUACAGUGUUCUCAGGAGUGUGUACACAGAUUUUCAGCCAGCGGAAAGGAAUUUCUAAGCGAAACAUUUUCAGCUUUGUGCAUCUGAGUGUUCAGGAAAGCCUUGCAGCUGUAUAUGUGCAUGAGUCAUACUGCAACAAGAAGAAGAAUGUGUUAAAAAAAACUACUUUCUGGAACAAACUUGGGUGUAAGCAUAAGAGUACACAAUACACAGUAACAGAUCUCCAUAAGAGUGCAGUGGACAGAGCUUUGCAGAGUGAAAAUGGACACCUGGACCUUUUCCUCCGCUUCCUCCUUGGCCUCUCAGUGAAGGAAAGUCAGGCGGUCCUGACCGAACUUCUGCCAAACCUAAAGAUCAAGGCAGAGAGCAUUAGCAAAACAGCUAACUACGUUAAGGAGAAACUGAAAGAGGAAAUGCAUUCAGACAGAAGCCUGAAUCUCCUCCACUGCCUGAGUGAACUGAAGGAUAACUCACUCACUGCUGAAAUCCAGAACUUCCUGAACUCAGGAACUCUCUCAAAACAGGAACUCUCAUCUACACAGUGGUCAGCUCUGAUCUUUGUUCUGAUGAUGUCAGAGGAGAUUCAGGAGAAGUUUGAACUGAAGAAAUACAGAGCAUCAGAAGAAGGACUGAGGAGAUUACUGCCUGUGGUAAAAAUCACACAGCGAGCUCUACUAGCUUCAUGUGAUCUUGGAGUAAAGUCAUGUGCAUCUCUGAAAUCAGUGUUAAAACUGGAAAACUCCUCACUGAAAGAGCUGGAUCUCAGUAACAAUGACCUGCAGGAUUCAGGAGUGGAGCUGCUCUCUGCUGGACUGAAGAGUUCACACUGUAAACUGCAGAUUCUCAGAUUAGCUUCAUGUAAUCUUGGAGAAAAGACAUGUGAAAGUCUGGGAUCAGUUUUGAAGCUGGAAAACUUCUCCAUAAAAGAACUAGACCUCAGUAACAAUGACCUGCAGGAUUCAGGAGUGGAGCUGCUCUCUGCUGGACUGAGGAGUUCACACUGUAAACUGCAGAUUCUCAGAUUAGCUUCAUGUAACCUUGGAGAAAAGACAUGUGAAAGUCUGGGAUCGGUUUUGAAGCUGGAAAACUUCUCCAUAAAAGAACUAGACCUCAGUAACAAUGACCUGCAGGAUUCAGGAGUGGAGCUGCUCUCUGCUGGACUGAGGAGUUCACACUGUAAACUGCAGAUUCUCAGACUAGCUUCAUGUAAUCUUGGAGAAAAGACAUGUGAAAGUCUGGGAUCAGUUUUGAAGCUGGAAAACUUCUCCAUAAAAGAACUAGACCUCAGUAACAAUGACCUGCAGGAUUCAGGAGUGGAGCUGCUCUCUGCUGGACUGAGGAGUUCACACUGUGAACUGCAGAUUCUUAGAUUAUCUGGGUGUAUGAUCACAGAAAAAGGCUGUUCUUCUCUGGCUUCAGCUCUGAGUUCAAACCCCUCCCACCUGAAAGAGCUGGAUCUGACCUAUAACCACCCAGGAGAGUCAGGAGAGAAGCUGCUCUCUGACAAACUGGAGGAUCCACACUGCUCACUGGAGACACUCAGAAUGGAACAUGGAGGCGAGAUCAGAAUCAAACCUGGAUUAAAGAAAUACGGCUGUGAUUUCACACUGGAUCUAAACACAGUAAACCCUCAUCUCUCUCUGAGUGAGGAGAACAGGAGGGUGGAGUUUAGAGAGGAGCUGCAGCCGUAUCCUGAUCAUCCAGAGAGAUUUGAUAAGUGGGAGCAGGUUCUGAGUAGAGAGAGAGUAACUGGUGAUACUGGUGAUACUGGUGUUACUGGUGAUACUGGACGCUGUUACUGGGAGGCUGAGUGGAGAGAUGGAGGAGGAGGAGCUGCUGUAGCUCUGAGUUAUAAAACCAUCAGCAGGAAAGGAUUAGGAUCAGUCUGUGUGUUUGGAGGGAAUAUAAACUCCUGGAGUCUGAUCUACUCUGAUAACAGAUAUUCUGUUCUUCACAACAAUAACAGAACUGUUCUCUCCACUCCUCCCUCCGGCUGUAGGAGAGUAGGAGUGUAUGUGGACUGUCCCUCCGGCACUCUGUCCUUUUACAGCGUCUCCUCUGAUACACACUCACACACUCUCACACACUUACACACAUUCUACACCACCUUUACUCAGCCCCUCUAUGCAGGGAUUUGGAUUGGUUAUGACUCCUCAGUGACUCUAUGUAAAAUAGAAUAACCCUGUAUUUAACAGUAGUGUGUGUGUGCAUCUGAGUCAGUGUGUAAGUGUGGAGUGUGUAGUGUGUGUAGAGUCAGUGUGUAAUGAGUGUGUGUAUAACAUCAGAAAAAUUCGACCGUUUCUGAAGUAACAGGCCACCCAACUCCUGGUACAAGCAGUGGUCAUCUCACGCCUCGACUACUGCAAUACCCUACUAACUGACCUCCCUGCCUGUGUAGUAAAACCACUCCAGAUGAUCCAGAAUGCAGCAGCACGUCUGAUCUUCAACCAGCCAAAACGGGCACAUGUCACAUUGAGCUCCAUUGUCUACCAACUGAUGCUCGCAUCAAAUUCAAAACUCUUACAAUUGCCUACAAGGUGAUACAGAACAGCUCCUUCCUACCUGCUUUCACUCCUGAAGACUUACGCUACCUCCCGGCCGCUGCGCUCCUCCAACGAACGUCGCCUCGCUUUACCAAACAAACAUUCACACAAAGCAAUCCAGAGUGUUCUCAUACAGAGUUCCCCAAUGGUGGAACAAACUACCUUCCACUACCAGAUCAGGAGAAUCUCUCACUAUCUUUAAUAAACUCCUGAAGACAGAGCUCUUCAAAGAGCACUUACUCUCCUAACACUUCUAACUAACUACCUUCUACUACCAGAUCAGGAUAAUAUCUCACUAUCUUUAAUAAACUCCUGAAGACAGAGCUUUUCAAAGAGCACUUACUCUCCUAACACCUCUAACUAACUACCUUCUACUACCAGAUCAGGAGAAUCUCUCACUAUCUUUAAUAAACUCCUGAAGACAGAGCUCUUCAAAGAGCACUUACUCUCCUAACACUUCUAACUAACUACCUUCUACUACCAGAUCAGGAGAAUCUCUCACUAACUUUAAUAAACUCCUGAAGACUGAGCUCUUCAAAGAGAUCUUACUCUCCUAACACCUCUAACUAACUACCUUCUACUACCAGAUCAGGAGAAUCUCUCACUAUCUUUAAUAAACUCCUGAAGACAGAGCUCUUCAAAGAGCUCUUACUCUCCUAACACCUCUAACUAACUACCUUCUACUACCAGAUCAGGAGAAUCUCUCACUAUCUUUAAUAAACUCCUGAAGACAGAGCUCUUCAAAGAGCACUUACUCUCUUAACA